UACCUGUCAAACAAUACAAGGUGCAAAAGAAGUAAACAAACUGCCGGAUGAGUUAAUUUAAUAAUUAUUUUAAUGUGAAUUUGUGGUAAAGAUGAUUGUGUAGUUGCGGUUAUACGAAUAAUAUGCUGCGGUUUUAAUAUGUCGUACGAUAAGGUUUUAUUCAAGCAUGAAGAGCCCCACGGUCCCGGAGAUGUUUAUUUUAUUUGGCAAAAAGGUGCGUCCGGGUCGCUUCUGGCGUCCACCGGAAGCGACGGAACUGUGGCGAUUUUCAACCGACAAGGACAACUCGUCGAGCGAUUGAUAUUGCAAAGCCUCUGCUCUGGAUUCUCCUGGGAUAGUGAUGGCGACAUUCUUGGCAUAAUAACAUCAAAUUCAUCACAAGUUACGCUGUGGGAUUCCAAUUCUCACCGAAAACAACUGUUGGAUACAGGCCUUCGCGACCCCCUUAGCUGCAUAGUUUGGGCGAAAACUUCUCCUAUUCUAGCAGUUGGAACAUCACGUGGUAAUUUAGCGAUUUACAAUCACCAAACAUUGAAAAGGAUCCCAAUCUUGGGCAAGCAUUCAAAACGCAUAGUUUGUGGGGCUUGGUCAGCCGAAAAUCUGCUGGCACUAGGCAGUGAUGAUAAGAGUUUUUCAAUCAGUAAUGAGGAAGGUGAUUCAAUGAGGGUCGUUCCCUUGCGUGAUGUUCCUAGUGAUAUGUACUUUGCUCAAAUGAAAACCGAUGAAAAAAUGCCUGGAGAAAAUGCUGUGAGUAUGAUUAUCGGAAAACGGACUUUGUAUCUGUACUGCAUGGCCGAACCAGAUUCUCCUAUUGAGUUGGGAUUUCAAAGUCGCUAUGGUCCGUUGAUUCAGCAUAAAUGGUUUGGGGAUGGAUAUAUUUUGUUAGGUUUCUCACAUGGGCAUCUGGUGGCGAUUUCCACUCAUCCGAAAGAUAUUGGACAGGAAUUGUGGCAGGUGAAAAAUCAUCGGGAUAUUUUGACUGGAGUGGCCCAUUGUCCGGUGCUCGAUAUUGUUGCAUCGUGCGGUGAUAAUACGGUCAAAAUCCAUUCGAUUACAAAUCUUCAUGAAACGGAGAAAAUACUAACACUUCCUGACCAGUCAGCUGUUCAGAUGAUUGAUUGGAGCUCAGAUGGCCAACUUCUUGCCGUUACAACAGCUCAAGGAGCUAUUUGUACAUUUGUAACAAAAUUGCAAAUUAUGCAUUCAGUAUCACCUCCACGUAUAGCAAUCCUAAGCAGUAUUGUUGAAGUAUCCAUAUACACUUAUGCACCUGAAAAGUCCAAAAUGUUACCAAGUAAAUUAAUCCUCGAAGUGGAACCAUCAUUCAUUGCGAUUGGUCCGUUUCACUUAGCAGCGGGAAUGAACAAUCACGCGUGGUUUUAUGAUCUCGGAAAGAAUUUAGCAGAUAGUCCAGUGUUGUUAGGCGAUAGAGAGUUCAUAUCAGAAAUCCAUAGUGCUCAAUUAAAUGCAGACUUCUGUGCAGCAAUAUGCGGCGAACAACUGAUUUUGCAGUCGAUUGAGUCGGAUAAUCCUGCAACAAAGGAUAAGACUACACAAUCCUUUCCUUCUGCUGUUCCCGGGUUGAAUUCUGGGGUGAUAACAAGCAUGAAACUAUCUAAUGAGUUUCUCAUUUUUGCAACAGAUUUGGGCGAUCUGGUGUAUUUUUCCUUGGACCAAUGGUCAACUAGUAUUAAAUAUCGCCAUACCAUGGGGAUAAAAAGUAUUUAUAGUGAUUCAGAAGGUACAAAACUGGUAUUUGUAGACGACCAUGGUCAGGGCUUCAUUUUCUUGCCGAGCUGUGAAGAAUCCACGAUGAUAUCCGACUUUCCCAAAAAAUGCGAUGGUGUCCUCUGGGACUAUUUACAACCGAACGUUUUUAUUGUGUUUGACAAUAAAAUUUGCACUACUUUUAGUUUUGUUCGAUAUUCGGUCUUGGGUAAGCACACUGUCACUGUUGGUGAAACCAAAUUGAUAUCAGGGCAAGUCCCUCUAAUGUUAUACAAUGGGGACGUUUGCUUGUAUGUGGACGGUAAAUUCAGUACAAUUACGCUCUCAACGCAUUUGUCGGUACCGGGGACAGAUCCGAAGGAGCAAUUAGAUACUUUCAUUAAGUUGCGGAAGUUUCAAGACGCUUAUAAGUUAUGCGAACAAGUUAAGGAUGAGGAAUUUUGGAGAAAGCUUGGUGAGCAGGCUAUAGAAGAUUUGGAUCCAGCAUUUGCUCUUAAAAUUUAUCAGAAAAUCGGGAAUGCUUCAAUGGUUUUCGCUUUACAAGAAAUGCAACACAUCGAGGAUUGUAAUUUAUUGUCAGGUUUCUGCUGCCUUAUAUUGGAUAAGGCUGAAGAGGCCAAGACAUUCUUUGCGAAAAGUCUGAAUCCGCAAGAAGCGCUAGAAUUAUGCCGUGAUUUAUUGCAAUGGGAACAAGCUAUGAUUUUGGCAACGUCUUUGGCGCCAGAACAGGUACCAUUCAUUGCACGUGAGUACGCACAGCAGCUAGAAUUCGCUGGAAGUUACUCGGAAGCUCUGUACCAUUACGAGAAAGGUUAUAAAGAGGACAUCAUUCAUGGGUCAGGAGAUACAUUGGAAAAUGCCUCACCUGAGCUAUUGGAACAUGUACGGCUUUGUAAAGCUGGAUUGGCCAGAACAUCAAUAAAAACGGGCGAUUUUCGUCGUGGAAUCCAAUUCGCAGUUGAGCUCAAUGACAAACAGUUGUUCUAUGACUGUGGGGAAUCAUUGAUAACGGUUGGCCACUUGAUGGAAGGUGCAGGGUUGUUUGAAAAAGGGGAAUUUUGGGAUGAAGCAUGCUCACAUUAUAUACAACUGAAAAUGUGGAAUAAAGUUAAUAAGAUCCUACCUCAUGUGACGAGUCAUAAGCUACAUACUGCUUAUGCUAAAGCCAAAGAAGCCGAUGGGCACUAUACGGAAGCUAUAUCGAGUUACAAGAUCUCAGGUGAUUUGGAUUCGGUGGUAAGAAUAUAUUUAGAGCAACUAUCAGACCCACACUCAGCAUCAGAAGUAGUUUUGGAAUCGAGAUCAAGCGAAGGAGCAAAGAUGCUUGCGAAAUUUUAUCAGAAAAUUGGCGAUGUUGAACAGGCUUUACAAUUCCUGGUGAUGUGUGGUUGCAUUCAAGAGGCUUUCACCCUUGCACAAAGACACAACCGUUUGAAACUAUACGGUGAACUUUUGGAGCGCUAUGAGAAUGCCCAACCAAGCGAUUAUAUAGCUUUAGCGCACCAUUUUGAUAGUGAAAAAUACACACUUCUUGCCGGCAAAUAUUACUUCCUUGGACGGGAGUUCUCGAAAGCAUUAAAACUUUUAUUAAAGGCUUCGUCCUUUACUAAUGAAGAAACUACGGCUUUAUCGUUGGCUAUUGAUUGUGUCGCUACGUCAAAUAGUGACCAGUUAUCUGGCCAACUUAUUGAAUUCCUUCUGGGGGAAGUUGAUGGAUCGCCAAAAGAUCCAAAAUAUCUAUUUCGCUUAUACAUGGCUCGAAAGCACUAUAAAGAUGCUGCUAAGACCGCUGUGAUAAUCGCAAAUCAAGAACAGGUUGCUGGAAACUACAGAAGUGCCCAUGAUCUCUUGUUUUCAAUGUAUCAGGAACUACGUCGAAAUAAUUUAAGCAUUGCAACUGACAUGCGUCAUAACUUGAUCCUCCUUCAUCGCUACACUUUAGUUCGCAUUCAUGUUAAGCUUGGGAAUCAUUUACUAGCCGCAAAGUUAUUAGUUCAUGUAGCGGCAAACAUUUCGCAGUUCCCAUCACAUGUUGUCCCAAUCUUGACUUCAACUGUCAUUGAAUGCCACCGAGCUGGAUUGAAAAAAUCUGCGUUCACAUACGCCUCAAUGCUUAUGCGUCCUGAAUACAGGAAUCAGAUUGAUUCAAAAUACUCAAAGAAAGUAGAAGGAAUUGUGCGGAAAGCGCCAAAGGGCAUUAAAGACUUCAAAGAUGAUUUCGAAGGUGAGACCAUGGAAUGCCCAAUAUGCGAUGCUAACUUGCCCAAUAUGGAUGUCACUUGCUAUCAAUGUAAAACAACGUUACCUAUUUGUAUAGCGACGGGACAGCAUAUUGUUAAAGAAAAUAUGGCCGCUUGCCCGGAGUGUGAUUUCCCAUGCUUCAGGCCUGAGAUGGAAAAAAUUCUCUCAGAACUUAAUCAAUGUCCAAUGUGUAGUGAGACGGUUGAUUCGAACCGGCUAAUGGACGUUGAAGAUAUUCGACCCUAUAUCUUACCUAUUCUAUAAUUGAGUUCCAGUUGAAGGCUUUAAGCAAUUCUCGAGCACAAUGUACCAUGACACAAUGCAUUUAAUGUACAAAUUAAAGCUUUUUAAGUUAAUGUUGAAAA